AUGCCCCGCGUCCUCAAGGGCUGGCGCACCGAAAUCCUCGACACCUCCAUUCUCCCCGAGAUGGGCUCGCUUGGCCUCCUUGGGCCCACUAUUCAAGGCUACGGCUGUGCGGGCGUAAGCAGCGUCGCCUACGGACUCAUCGCUCGUGAGAUCGAGAGAGUGGACUCGGGCUAUCGCUCUACGGCAUCUGUCCAGUCGUCCCUCGUCAUGCACCCUAUAUAUGCAUUUGGAUCGGAGGCGCAGAAGGAGAAGUAUCUGCCUGCUCUAGGAAAGGGAGAACUCAUCGGCUGCUUUGGCUUGACCGAGCCCAAUCACGGCUCUGAUCCAGCGGGCAUGGAGACCACUGCCGAAGAGGCACCCGGGCAGGGUGGUUUCAUUCUCCGCGGCUCGAAGACGUGGAUCAGCAAUGAGCCUGUUGCCAUAUUGACGCUGCCGGCGGCAGUGACCUUUGAGGAGGGCACGCCAGGUCUAUCUGCCCCGGCGAUCAAGAACAAGCUUGCGCUGCGCGCGUCGCUCACGGGUUCUGUCUUCCUGGAUAGCGUCAAAGUGUCACAGGAGGCGCUUUUGCCAGGGUCGAGAGGCGCCCUCGAGGACUGCAUCGCACGCGCCCGGGAAUACGCGCUCGAGCGGCAUCAGUUUGGCCGCCCGCUCGCGUCGUUCCAGCUCGUACAGAAGAAACUCGUUGACGCGCAGACGGAGGUCACCACGGGGCUGCUCGCGAGUCUGCAGGUGCGUUCAUCAUAUCUGCCGUGA